AGUUGUUUCGUGACCUUUCACUAAGGCGAGUAGAGUAGAUCCAUCAUAAUACGACGGAUUUGUAAGAGAUUCGAAACGAUUUAUAAAGAAGAAAAGUGCGGGUACAGUGCACUUGGCAAAGUGAGAAAAAUAAUUGGUUUUCUAUCUUCACUUCUAGACAAUGCUUCCCACGAUGUGCUACUCCCGAGUAUUUGCGACUUUCAUGGUAAUGGAAAUGAUAGUGGUUUCAUCAGAAAGAGAACAUAAGGUCCACAAUAUAGUCCUGUAUCCAGAAAAGCACUCCUGGUGUCAAGUGACUCCUAUUCAGCAGAUAAUCACUUCUCCAGGCUUUGAUUCUGUCACCAUAGACAACAAUGUAUGUGUGGGGGCAUGCUACAGCUACUCCAUUCCCAAAACACAGCCAGCGGAGCCCGGGGAGCUAAUAGGCCCCUAUUGUGAUAGCUGCCAGCCGUCCAAAAUAGAUUGCUACCAUGUGAACCUUCUACAAGAUGACAAUGCUAUAGAAGGCCCCAAGAUUUUACAGAAACGUGUUCAAAUCAUCAGCAACUGCUCCUGUCAAAGCUGUGACAAAGUCAGGACAGAGGAUUGCGAAAUUUCCGAUGAGAAUACUUUAGAGCUGCCUAGGAAUCUAUUUACUAAUCAAGAGGGGAGUUAUAAACUUCAGCAAGGAAAUGAUGAGCUGCCGGACAUUUUGGAAACAAACAGCAGCAAAACCAACACACAAACUCAAAACUACAAGACUUGGGCCCUGACUCAUCAUGAGGAUGUUGAAAGCUUGUUCAGACUGUUCUUGGAACAAAACAGGGAAAACAAUGCUGAAAUAGAAGAAAACAUGGGAAACAAACCAAAAUCCUCAUCUGAUAGUGUUUUGGACCCUAUUUCAUUGUACCACAGCUACCUUCUGGAUCAAAAUGAGAAAAAUAAUGCCAAGAUUGAGCAGGAUUUGAAGAGUAAGCCUGUUGGUUAUGGUUUAGAGGGCGCCCCUAGCGGCCAUAAGGGGAACCACGUGGCCAUGGGGUUGGGUCAUGAUGAGAAAACCAUGGAUGGUGUUGAGGAGGUGAUUGGGGAUGGUCAGGAACAGAAAAUGGAGGAGCAUCACCCUUUGAAUCACCACCACCACCUCCAUAAUCAUCAUUUAGGUGAUGUGGAGUAUAAAGGAACUAGCAUAUUGCAUCUGGUGAAUGGUCCUCAUGGUAGCAUGGUGGCAGCUCCAGUGAAAACAAAACUGCAUAUUGAUUCUGAUGAGUUGAAGCCCAACAGUGAAGGGGUUGUCAUUGAAUAUGAAAAUCCCCACAAGGGCUCUGAUGGAACAGUUGCCGAACUGUUUGAACAUUGAGGAAUUGUGCCAAGUUGAUUUUCUCAAUGUCAAUCUGUUCUUCAAACUUCGGAAAUAUGGAAUGACAUUGAGAAAGUUCUUAUAGAAUCUAGUCUGAAAUGUUUUUUCUGAUAUGUUUUAUUCGCCUAUUAUGUUCAUUUCAAAAUCAAGUUACCCACCAAUAAAGUGUAUACACAUAAUAUAUACACCAGAGAGCUUCUGUCAGAUUCUCAAGAAAAAAAUGAUAUAAAACACUCAAGAACUGCAUGAUGAAUAUGUCAAGUUUCUUAAAAUUUCUCUAAUUAUUCACCCAAACAGGGUCAAUUAAAAAUAGAAAGAACUAUAUAUCAUAUAUAAGAUAUCCAUUAGAUUGAACAGAGUUUCCUCAAUUGUCAGCGAAAGUACUGUUUCGGUCCACCAAACAUCAUCAGUUGCUCUCGGUCUGCUGGCAAUUGGGCAAAAUUUUAACAUCACCUAAUCGUUGCUGGUGGGGAUGCAUAUUUUCAAAUGAAAGCAAUACAGAGUCACAUAAAACAUGAAAUUGUCUUAUUAAUGUGGCAUAGGUACUUGAUUUUUUCCCUAUUUUUUCGUCAAAUUUUCAAGAUGAAAUUUUGUGUUGGUAAGAAAACUCAAGAAUAAUCUAAUAUUUUGGGAAUAUUCGUCAGACUGUAUCAUAUUUUGUUGAAUGAUGUUAAUAUACAUAAUAUCUCUUUGUUUCAAAAUCUCUUUGUAAUAGGUGGAUAGAGAAGGAAAGUUUAUAUUCUUUG